UCGUCUCCUGAGGCGGUGGCUCCAGCAGCAGUCGCCCGCCAGUUGGGAGCGGGCUGAGAGGGGACGCGGUGGCUUAGGCGGUGCGGGGAGCGAGAGGUGAUUGUGCCGGAGGCAGUGGGGCGCGCGCCGGCUCCAGGAGGCCGCGGAAGCUGGGGUGAGGGGCCGAGCCCCAGCAACCGAACGGAGCGGUUCGUGAGCGUCACCGGCGCCUCGGCUCGGUGGAGGAGGAGCGGUAGCUGGAGAGUGCGGGAUAUUAGAAAUGGCUACUCCCCAGUCAGUUUUCAUCUUUGCAAUCUGCAUUUUAAUGAUAACGGAGUUAAUUUUGGCCUCAAAAAGCUACUAUGAUAUCUUAGGUGUGCCAAAGUCAGCAUCAGAGCGUCAAAUCAAGAAGGCUUUUCACAAAUUGGCCAUGAAGUACCAUCCUGACAAAAAUAAGAGUCCUGAUGCUGAAGCAAAAUUCAGAGAGAUUGCAGAAGCAUAUGAAACACUCUCAGAUGCUAGUAGACGAAAAGAGUAUGAUACCCUUGGACACAGUGCUUUUACUAAUGGUAAAGGACAAAGAAGCAGUGGAAGUCCUUUUGAGCAGUCAUUUAACUUCAAUUUUGAUGAUUUGUUUAAAGACUUUAGUUUUUUUGGUCAAAACCAAAAUACUCGGUCUAAGAAGCAUUUUGAAAAUCACUUCCAGACACGCCAGGAUGGUUCUAGUCGACAAAGGCAUCAUUUUCAGGAGUUUUCUUUUGGAGGUGGAUUGUUUGAUGACAUGUUUGAAGAUAUGGAGAAAAUGUUCUCUUUUAGUGGCUUUGAUACCAGCAAUCGACAUACAGUACAGACUGAAAAUAGAUUUCAUGGCUCUAGCAAGCACUGCAGGACUGUCACUCAACGAAGAGGAAAUAUGGUUACUACAUACACUGAUUGUUCAGGACAAUAGUUGGUUCUUUUUCUUUUCUCACUAAACCCACCUAGUUGACUCUUUGUCAGUAUCUUUGAUGUAAAACAGUUUUCUGUGAACUAUUUUGACAAGUGCAUGAUUUCACUUACUUUAAACAAUUUGACAUAGCUAUUAACAUAUAUUUAAAUUGUUUUUGAAGAAUUCAGCUAGUAGACAAAAAUCUAAUUAUUAAUUUUUCUGAUUAGGAAAGGUUCUUUAAAGAGAUAUAAAUCUGCCUGGGUUUUAUUAUUAUUAUUAUUUUUUCCUUUCUACCUGCCCUUGGGUUCAGUAACGUGGCCAGUUUUAUCACCCCCUUC